AUAUAAUUUUUAUUACUAUCAUAUUAAUAUGUAUUAAAGUCCACGCGUUAAUCGUUGUGUCUGAAAACAAACUAAAACUUUAUAAUAUCGAUCGCAGCUUUAUAUAAUCGCGAGGAAGCUCUCUGAUAAAAGGGAGAAGAAAAUAAAAUUUAUUCAUGAUGGGCAUUCCGGAUAUACGUCAUCUGAUCACACUGGAAUUCGAGGUGUACGGACAUGUACAAGGCCUGAAUCUCACAAAAGACACGCGCGAUCGUUGCACCAAGGCGGGAAUAACGGGAUGGGUGAAGAACAGUAAGCGUGGCACAAUAGUGGGAAAGAUGCAAGGUCCCAAAGAGGAAGUGGACAAAAUGAUCACCUGGCUAUCCAGCGAAGGCUCGCCGGGUUGUCAGAUCGAGCGAUGCGAGCUGCGAAAUCAAAGCAAUUUGAACCGACUGGAUUACAAGGACUUUGCCAUUAGAUUUUAAAUGUACUUUCUACAAGUAUGCGAUCAUACUUCUAUAUAUUUCUAGUUUUCGUGUUUGUUAUGUGGACUAUUUCGAUAAGAUUGUAAAUUCCAGUAAAUAAAUGGUUAUAAUACCAGA